AUGAUAUCUAUUUCAAACUCGCAAGGUAUUAUACCUCACUUUUGUUGUCGUAAAAAACCGAAAAUUAUUGUCAGUGAUAUCAAUUUUAAAAGCUCCAUCAAACUUGUUAGGGAACAAAAUAUUGCUUUGCGUUCAAUAUUCGAUGAUGCUUAUUAUGUUAGAGAACUUUUGCGAACUAAUCCAGAUCAAUUAGCUUUGAUGGGACAGAAUAAUCGUCGUUUAGCGGAUGCUAUGGCAACAGGCAGCAUAGGCGAAUUUGCUAAGGUUAUGAUGGGCCAGUUGUUGGAACGGAAAAAAAAGAUAAAUUAUUUACAAAUGCUACAAAGAUCUAAAACAUCUGACAUAAAUUCUCAGAGAGAGAUAGCCAAUGAAAUUCUUCAUAAGAACAUCGAUGCCAACCUGGAGGCAGCUUUGGAAUACAAUCCGGAAUUAUUUGGAUCAGUAUUUAUGUUAUACAUUGAUUGCAAGGUUAACGGCCACCGUGUGAAAGCAUUUGUCGAUUCAGGCGCUCAGACUACUAUUAUUACUGUCCAGUGUGCUAAAAAAUGUGAUAUCAUCAGACUAGUGGACACUCGCUGGGCUGGAGUUGCCAAAGGUGUUGGAAUUCAGAAAAUCGUUGGUCGAGUACAUUUGGUAGAAUUACAAAUAGAAAACAAUUUUCUAACUACCAGUUUUUCUGUCUUGGAUAGCCAACCAAUGGAAAUGUUGUUAGGGUUAGACUUACUUAGAAGAUAUCAAUGUACAAUUGACUUGGCCAACAAUGAACUUAUAAUUGGUACAACAGGAACAAGAACAAAGUUUUUAGAUGAAAGAAAAACACCUGGUUACAGGCAACGUUCAAACAAAAAAAAUUAAUAUAAUUGUUCUGUAAAAGAAUAUAAUUUUAAUGAUAAUCACAAAUUACUAGUUAAUUUAAUUGAUAGAUGUAGCAAAAAUUUUAUUUAAUACUAUUUAUGGUUUUUAAAAUUUAUUAUGAUUUUUCAUUAUAACUUUUUUCUUCAAUUUUAGCUGAGAAGAUAUUAGUUUUACUAUGAUGUGUUUUUUUUUUGUGUCUGUUACCGCUUUUUCUCAGCUCUCACCGAACUGGUUUCUUUCAACGAUACGUCAAAAAAUCACAAAUCAUAUCUAGUCAAAGACAUUACCCUCAAAAAUUGAAAAAAUUUCCCUCAUUCCCCGUAAAUGGGGGAAAUCUCCAAAAAAAUUACAAAUUUAAAAAUUUUUUAUUAAAAAGUAUUGCAUCAUGCCUUUUAAAUUUUUAUACUAGUAAAAGUAAAGCAAAAUAUAACUUCUUUAUUAUUUUUAUAAUAUCUCCGUAAAAAUUACAAAAUUAAAUUAUUGAAUAUCAAUUUUAUAUUAAAUUUAAUUGCUAUAAUUAUUAUUUAUUCAUAUAUUACACUCAUUAAUCAUAAAACUUGAAAUAAAUCAUGUAGCUUUUGGAAUCAACCAUCAAUUUUUUAAAAUUUAAUACUAUCUAAAUAUUUGCAUCGAAGUGUUUUUUAUGAUAGUGAUUUUAAUCACUGUCAGAUAAUAUUAUACUUGACCCAACUAAUGCACGUCACCACUGUGCCGCGACUCCCCUGUGCUCGGUUUUUUAAUACUAGUUGGUUGGGUUUAUCUAUAUGGUUUCAUUAAUUUUAAUAAUUUUAACAAUAUUUAUUAUUUUAAUAAAGGUUAUAAAAGAACUCAACAGGAAUACAGCUACCACGUACGACGAGGAUAUUUUUCCAAUCGAGUUUACCGAUAACUAAAAAGAUUUACGCAACUUCGUUAUUAAAUAUAAACUAAAAUUAGAUCUUUUGAUGAUUCGUAAAAUUUUUCUAAAAUUAUUUUUAACAUCUUUAAGUAUAGGAUAAGGCAAAGUAAAUUAACAAAUAAGAAAAGAUGACAAAUUCAGUAUUUCUCAAAAUCACUCAAAAACAUCUUAGCUAGAAUAAACAUCUCUAGUGGAAAUCGUAGCCACUAGUAAUAACACAAAUGCGCGCACAUAAUUUUAGUUGUGGUAAGAAAUUUAUAUAGAAUGUUUUUUUGUAUAAUUUUUUAACAACAAACCUUUUUUUACUAGAAUUCUAAUGUACAUUUAACUGUCUCUCUAGAAUAUUCUAAAAGUACAGCUUAACGUCUAUAUAUUAAGAGACUUAUUUCUUUUGCUAUAUUUUCUGUCAUGUUACUCCAUAAAUAUGAUAAAUUUUUUCUUUACAAGAUGAAAGAAAUAAUUAAACAAAUUCAUGGUUUUAUGCAAAAAAUGGAAUAAGUUCUCAUAAACUUACUGCAUACAUAUUUCAAUUUAUUAAUCCACUCAAAGAAUUCAGAAAAAAUGAUCGAAUCUUAACCUUGUCAUCUAACCUCGCCCUACAUUAUAAUGGUCAACUGCUGAAACAAAUAAACUAAUCUAAAAAUAUGUAUAAUAAUUAUAAAAAAUUAUUUCAUUAAUUAUUUUGUUAUCCAAUGUUUUUCAUUGUUAUUUUGUUAUAAUGUAUAUGUAUGUAAUGUACCCCCUUAUCUGGGAGUCGCUUAAGUGUAUUAAAAAAUAUUUCUAAUCAUAAUAACCUACUCAUAAAAGGUUUAUCUAUUAAAUAUAUUCUCGGAAAUUCUCCCACAAAAAAAAUAAUGUGUAACAUUUUUUAACUGUUUAAAUUUUACAAGGGGAGUUCACGGUGAUGGGGUCACCGAUUUUCAUAAAA